AUGUGGAGAGCUAGGGGAACGGGGACACAGGGGCCCAGGGCAUUGCCCACUCGGGUGAUUCGCAAACGCCAGACGUUGUCAGGCUGGGGCAGCCCCCAGCUGUCCAGUGUGGCCGUAUGCCGGUCUUCACCCGCAUUUUAUCCUGAAGCUGAUCCCAGAAGGUCGGUUGGGAGGCUGCUCGGGGGGAAUAAUACCGAACUGCCUGUGGUAGCUUCGAAGGAGGCCCGGCUGGAGGCCAUCCCAGAGGCCGAGGGCAAGAAAGCUAAGACUCGGGGUGUUGGGGAACUUGAGGAGCUUGGGGAGCUUGAGUGGCCUGGAGCUUUAGCAGUGGUCGACGCUGGGCAUCACAGCAGAUUAUUGCUAGUCGGUAGUCCCCUACUCCCUAACUCCUUAGCUACAAAGUACCCCACAAACCAAACGCCACAACAGACUGAACCAUCAGAACAGACGGUCGCCUGGAUGCCGCAUCUGAUACACAUACGGCGGGGAGACACCGAGGAAGCACCACCAAUCAGUCCGCCGGUCGAGAUCUCCAACAAGCCUUGCCCUUGGGUGGCGGCACAGAGCACAUGA